CCUAUGGGGUCCUUAUGGGGUUACUAUGGGGUGCCCCCAGGUCCUCGGGGCAGCGUUGGACCACGUGUCAUCUGUGGGUCCCUAUGGGUUCCUAUGGGUCCCUAUGGAUCCCUUUGGGGUCCCUAUGGGGUCCUUAUGGGGUUUCUAUGGGGUGCUUCCAGGUACUCAGGGUGGUGUCGGACCAGGUGUCGUCUGUGGGCCCCUAUUGGUCCCUAUGGGUUGCAAUGGGUCCCUAUGGGGUUCCUGUGGGGUUCCUAUGGGUUCCUAUGGGUUCCUAUGGGGUCCCUGUGGGUCUCUGCGUCCCUAUGGAUCCCUAUGGGGUCCUUAUGGGGUUUCUAUGGGGUGCCCGCAGGUCCUCAGGGUGGUGUCAGACCAGGUGUCGUCUGUGGGUCCCUAUGGGUUGCAAUGGGUCCCUAUGGAUCCCUUUGGGGUCCCUACGGGUUUCUCUGGGGUGCCCCCAGGUCCUUGGGGCGGCUCGGGCCACGCGGGCGGCGUUGGACGAGGUGACGUCGAGGCACCGGGAGCUGCAGCGCCUCGAGAGGGCGAUGAGGGAACUGCAGGAGCUGUUCGGGGCACUGGGAGCCGCUGUGGAGGGGCAGGGUGAGGCCAUCAAUCGCAUCGAGCUGCACAUCCUGCAGUCGGGGACGGCGGUGCACAAAGGGGGGCGGCAGCUCAGGGCGGCACAGGAGCAGCAGGGCAAGGCCAGGAGGAAACGCCUCAUUAUGGCUGCCUGCCUCGUCCUCACCCUCGUUAUCCUCGUCGCCAUCAUCGCUGCUUCAGUGGCUGCCGGCUGAGCCCCGCCCCCCUCCUCGCUGCUGAUUGGCCGGCGCUGUGCCUUUGGUUCCACCCCUCUUGCUGCUGAUUGGCCUUUGCCGUGCCUUAGCCCCACCCUCUUUCUAUUUGGAGGGUGCAUGUGGUUAGGUUGGGCACUUCCUGUCUAUACUGACGGCACUUCCUGAUGCUGCUGACGUCACUUCCUGUCACUAAUGACGUCACUUCCUGAGGCUCUUGAAGUGCCUUCCGGUCAAUGCUGACAUCACUUGCCUCUACUGACGUCACUUCCUGUUAUUAUUGUCACUAUUGACACCACUUCCUGUCCCUGCUGACGUCACUUCCUGCUGCUAUUGAUCUCACUUCUUGUCUGUAA